AUGCCGCACCAACUUAAGCUUGUUGAGAAAUAUUUGUUACAUCGAAAAUCACCGUCACUUUUAUAUAAUAAUCUACACAACUUUGGCGACGAUUCGUUUCUUUACGUCAGCGGGAACACCGUUUUUAGGAACAACCCUGACGUGAAGAAUUUUUUAAGUAUAGCUAGCUAUUCAGAACAAGUGAUCUACUGUCACGCCGCGUUCCUUCCGAUGUACGGAAAUGUUGUGGCGAUAGUGAAUCAACGAAGUAUGGAUCUAUAUAUCACGAAUAAGAACUGCGUCUCCUUAGUUUACAACAAACACUCUCUUACUAGGAGUGUUGAAGCUUCAAAGUGUGUAACAUUUUGCCUUGAUAAAACUGGCAUGAUCUGCGUGUUUAUUGGUACGAGUACCGGGGACCUCAUCUAUGCUGAAUUUAACCUGUCGGAUGUCGGGGGUAGAAAAACUUCUUUAGUACCCAAAGGAUGCACUAAUAUGCAUAAAAUGCGCUCCAUCACGGCACUUGACGCCAGCUAUGAUCACUUUCCUAGCCCUGUGUCCGUUGUUUCGGGUGAUAAUGGUGGUAAUGUGGUGUUAUGGGAUAAAAAUAGGAAACUCUACCGCUUUAUUUCAAGCUGUGACUCUGAGUCGGAGUAUACAACAGCUGUGAAGAUUUGUGGGGAAGGGAUGUUGGCCGCGGUUUCGUUUGGAAAUGGUAAGAUAGUUCUGUACUGCAUGACAACUGGGUCCAAAAGCGUGGAAAUAUGCGCCCAUGCAAGGUGUAUUAACGCGAUGGCGUGCUUUCAUGGCCCUAAUAUUCAAGGGAUGGGCGAUCUUCUUGCGACAGCUAGCGAAGAUGGCACCGUUCAGCUCUUCAACGUAGUGCAAUCGGACGGAGAAGUGGUGGCAUUCGUACGAUGGCUGGCUAACAUUGAGCUGAAUGAUAUCCUGCCUACAGGCUUGUGUUUUAAUGAGAGUGGAGAAACUCUGGCCUUGACGUGUUAUGAUACACCAUUGAUUUAUGUCUACAAGAUUUCAGAAUUGUAAUGUUGUAGAAAUCAAAAUCAAAAAAGAAAAGUAUCGAACUUAUACACUAAAUGUGAUGUAGUGGCAAAAAAAAAAAAUUUCACUAUCGAUGGAUUUGUUUGAUCUUUUUUUACCUUAAAAUCGAAGGCUACUUAUGGUAGUAACAAUGGCUAAAUGCUGUUUCUAAAUUUUAAUCCCAUAAAUUAAAAAAAUUAUCUCAGGAGGGAAAUGUAGACUGAGCAAAA